UGGGAUUACUUUUCUAGCAGUCCGAAUCGCGAUAAAGACUCGUAUAAAUAGUAAUGCAAUAAUCCAUUCCACAUAAUUGUACAAGAAAGCAAAUAUUAAAAGCAAAUAUGAAAUUCUUAGUAGUCGCCUUCGCCACCCUCGCCCUGGCCGUUGCCAGCCCGACACAGCGCGCCCUGGUGCAACCGGCUCCCGGCGGCCCCGCGCCCAUCAUCGACCUUGACAACUUCGAACCCAUUGCCAUUGGACCCGCCAUCAUCGACAACUUCGAGCCCAUCGCAAUUGGACCCGCUAUCGUCAAGCCACCCACUCCCUCCUCCUCGUCUCCUCUCGUACAAAUCAUUUUGAAUAUCAACCCUAAUGUUGCCGGGUCUCCCGUUGUCAUUGAAGGUGCACCUUUACCCACACCAGUGCAAGUGGUUGAAGAGGCUGAGGCUCCCGAGGGUGUCAUUGUUGGUGAGCCCGUGAUCGUCAGUCCUGGCACGGCCCCUGAGACCAUCAAUGUUGCGUCUCCCGUGAUCGUGGUCGACCAGCCUGCGGCCCCCGAGACAAUAAACGUCGCAUCGCCCAUAUUCGUGCCUCCCGUCGUCAGCCUUCCCGACACCCUCAACUAAAUCUCAACAUAACCGAUAAAUAAUACAAAUAAUGCUGUGAUUAUUCUAAUAAAAUAUAAUUUUAUUUGACCUCCGUUAUAAUUUUCGGUAGGGUUUAUCGAAUAAAGGUCUGGUAAUAUU